AACUUUGUCUUUGCUACUUCCUGUUUGCUGGCUCGCGAGCUUGUCAAUGUCCCAUACGUCCCGAACACAGACGGGCAGUAUCGAAACAAACAAAGCGCACAGGAACAGAACGACGACGACGACGACGUGCCUGACCGACAGGAGAGGACCGAACCAGACGGCACGGCGGGGCACGGCACGGCACGGCACCGCAUGUGUGAGCCGGCGGCUUGAGCGCGCGGAAGCUGAGGAAAGCUGCCGAGGACAGGACGCACUCCCCGGGAGUGCACCAUGCUAACGUUGCUAGUUAGCGAGCUGUCAGUCAGAUUGAAGCCUCCGAGUCGACUUCCGGUUCUGGUUCCGCCCUCAGGUUCUGUUGUCAAGUGGACUCGAGUCGUGCGUCUGGAUUUGACUUUGAAUGUGGAGUCUGAACUUAUUGGAGUUUAGACCCCUUGGCAGAGCGAAUGAUGUUAAUUGUCAUCUUGGUUUGGGACUUUUUGCUCCCCUUGACCUUGCUCUUAGUUUGCUGACUUUGUUGUGCCAUGUCUGCGCCCACCUCCUCACCCGCCUCGCUGUGCUGCUGCCGCAAGUCUCCAUCCACCGGCUCGGGCCACUGCGCGGGCGAGCCCACAGCCUCCGUCGCCGCCGCUAGGCGGCGCCCCCCCGCAGACGUGGCAUCUGCUGCCAACUUUGCGGACUUCUGUCUGCGUCACUUCCACUUGGACCUGCGUGUCAACUUUGCGCUGAAGGAGAUGAGCGGAUGGCUGGUUCUGGACCUGCUGCCCCUGGUCGCCGGAGUUCGGACCCUGGUGCUGGACGCGCACCCGUCCCUGACGGUCCACGCCGUCGACUGCAAGACGAGCGGCGGCCGUGAGCCCGCCAGCCUCGCUUUCCGCCUGGAGCCCUUCGCGGACUUUGGCUCCGCCCUCAAAAUCGACCUACCUGAACUUGUUAAGGUUGGAGUGCACAUGCAGAUCACCAUCAGGUACGCGGCCACAGACGGACCUGCGAUGUGGUGGUUGGACGCUGAGCUGACGUGCGGUCAAGAUCGUCCUCUGGUGUUCACUCAAGGUCAUUCUGUGUCCAAUCGUUCUUUCUUCCCGUGCUUCGACUCUCCGGCCGUCAAGAGCACGUACACGGCGGCCAUUCGUGUCCCGGACGAUGUGACGGUUCUGAUGAGUGCGUCCCGCAGUUGCUACUCCAAAGCGGAGCGCGUCUUCCGCUUCUCCAUGGACGCGCCGGUGCCCGCCUACCUGGUGGCGCUGGUGGCCGGGAACCUCCGACACGCCGACCUGGGCCCCAGGAGUCGCGUGUGGGCCGAGCCCUGUCUGCUGCCAUGCGCCGUCCAGAAGCUAGGGGGCAGCGUGGAGCGCUGGCUGAGCGCCGCCGAGGGACUCUUUGGACGCUACCUGUGGGGGAGAUGCGACCUGGUGUUCCUGCCGCCGUCCUUCCCCAUGGUGGCCAUGGAGAACCCCUGCCUGACCUUCAUCGUGGCAUCCAUCCUGGAGAGCGGCGAGUUGCUCCUGAUCGACGUGGUCCACGAGAUCGCUCACGCCUGGUUCGGCAACGCCGUCACCAACGCCAGCUGGGAGGAGAUGUGGCUCAGCGAAGGCCUGGCCACCUACGCGCAGCGCCGGAUCACCGCCCAGGCCUACGGCACGGCCUUCACCUGUCUGGAAAGUGCCGUGCGAUUGGACGCCCUGCGCCGGCAGCUGCGCCUGGUCGGCGACGGCAACCCCGUCACUCGGCUGCGAGUCCAACUGGAGCCCGGCGUGAAUCCCAGCACCUUGAUCAAUCUUUUCACCUACGAGAAAGGUUUCUGCUUCGUGUCCUACUUGUCGUCGCUGUGCGGGGACGUCGGACGCUUUGACGGAUUCCUGCGGGACUACAUCAGCGAGUUCAAGUUCCAGAGCGUGGUGGCUCAGGAUUUCCUGGACUUGUUCCUGGCGACCUUUCCCCAAGCAGCGCAGAAGGAAGGUGUGGAUUUCCAGCUCUGGCUGACGGGCUGCGGGGCGCCCCCGUACCAGCCGGACCUGUCGGCGGGGGCCGCCCUGAUCCAACCGGCGCGGGACCUGUGCAGCGCGUGGACCGAGGGGCGCGGCGCCGAUACCGGGGGGGCGGCCGCCGCCGUCUCGGACCUGGCGGGCUGGAGCACCUUCCAGGUGGUUCUGUUUCUGGACUGCAUGCUGGACCACGCGCCACUGCCGCACGAGGUGAUGUGGCAAAUGCGUGAGCGUUACGCGUCGCUGUUGGAUGGCCUGAAUGCCGAGGUUCAAGUGCGCUGGCUGCAGCUGGCGGUCAGGAGUCUUUUCUACGCCGACCUCCCCAGACUGGCCGCCUUCCUCCAAAAACACACGUCCCGCAUGUACACGGUGCCGCUGUACGAGGACCUGUCGGCGGGCCCCAUGCGCGCCGUGGCCGCCGACAUGUUGCGACGCACUCGGCAGCGGCUUCACCCCAACUUGCGACGGACGCUGCAGCAAAUCAUCGCGCGGGGGCAACAGGAGGAGAACGCGCAUUUUGCGCCAGCCCCGCAGUCACCCGCCGCCUCCUUGCCGGAUAUCAAUGUGUCGGCGUGAGGGAGGCGGAGGGACGCCGCCUGCCUGCCCGCCCGAGGCCCGAACAAGAUCCGACGGCCCCGUUUUGCUGUGCUCCGUCGUGUUCCCGCCUCCGAGACUUCCUCAAGCGAGCGUCCCCCUUCUGAAAGGCCACUUUGGUUUGUUGCAAUAAAAAAAAA